AUGUCAAAAUAUUACAAAGAAAUAGUGGGUAAACGCCAGGUGUAUAGGAGGGUUUCUGCACAGCUUAAAAGUAAGGAAAUAAUUAUUGAAAAACAUACCAUUGAUAAAUCAGAAUCAGAUACAGAUGCUGAGUUAACACAAAACAAAAAUGCAAUGGUUAAUGUAAACCAAGCUGGCAUUGAUAACAAUACUAAUUGUUUAGUGCAAAAUUAUUAUAAUAAUGAUAUUUAUUUGUCUGAUAGCUCUGUUGAUUUAAAUACUCUCGAAGAUGUAGAUGUAAGUGUUGAAUUUAAUCAAAACAAAUCAAAUUUAGCUAAUAUUGACGAUUCUCAAAGUAAUCUAAGAUUGUUAUUAAGGAAAUGGGCACUAAAAAAUAAAGUUUCACAUGUUGCUGUUAGAGAUCUUUUACAUAUACUUACUCCAUUGCAUCCACAAUUACCACUUGACCCUAGGUCAUUGCUUGAUACACCUGUUACAAAUCUGUCUAAUUACAAGAAGUUUAAUAAUGGAGAGUAUUGUUAUUUUGGAAUAGAAAAUUUUUUACAAAAGAGCGAUGUAAUAAAUACAAUUCCUAAGGAUGUCUCUGAUAUAAAAAUAUCUUUUAAUAUUGAUGGACUUCCUUUGUUUCAUAGCUCUAGCCUACAAUUUUGGCCGAUUUUAGGAUUAAUUAAAUUGAAAAAUGAUCAAGUGAAGUUUGAUCCAUUUGUUAUUGGUAUAUAUUGCGGUAAGUCAAAACCAGAACCUCUAGAAAGUUAUCUAAAAGAUUUUGUGACUGAAUUGGGCGACUUACUAAGAAGGGGUUGUAAUAUUAAAAACAAACUUUACUCUAUUAAGGUUCAUAGUUUUGUUUGUGAUGCUCCAGCAAGAGCAUUUAUAAAACGUACCAAAUCUCAUUCCGGUUACUCAUCAUGUGACAAAUGUACCCAAGUAGGUACAUAUUAUAAAAAUAGAGUAAUUUUUAGUGGUAUUAAUGCUCAGAAAAGAACUGAUGAAUCAUUUGCUUUACAGAAUGAUGAAGAUCACCAUUUGGGCGUAUCACCAUUAUUAGUAUUAAAUAUUGGUUUAGUAAGCUCGUUCCCAAUAGACUACAUGCACUGCAUUUGCUUAGGUGUAGUGAAGAAACUUAUAACAUCUUGGCUUAGUGGAAAUUUAAAUGUUAGGUUAUCUGCCAAAUUAACUAAUAAUAUAUCAGAUAAUUUACUAAGAAUAAGGAAAUAUAUUCCUGCAGAAUUUAACAGAAAACCCAGAGGGUUAAAUGAAGUAUCACACUGGAAAGCAACAGAGUUUAGAGCCUUUCUGUUAUACUAUGGACCCAUUGUUCUUAAAAAUAAUAUUAAUAAAGCUAUUUAUGAACAUUUUUUACUUCUUCACUUUGGUAUUUCAAUUUUAUGUAGUAAGCAACAUAUUUCUACUAAAGGUUAUACUUUAGCAGAAAAUGUAUUAAUUAAUUUUGUUAAGCAUAGUAGACAUAUAUAUGGACUGGAGUUUCUUAUUUACAAUAUACACUUGUUAUUACAUAUAACUGAUGAUGUAAAAGAGUAUGGUCCUCUUGAUUCAUUCUCUACAUUUCCUUUUGAGAAUACCCUUGGUCAACUUAAAAACUUAAUCAGAUCUCCUAAUAAACCUUUACAGCAAAUACAUCGCCGCUUAACUGAAUUAAAUUAUUCAACCAAUUCAGUGUCCAUAAAACAAUCACAAUUUUUUCAUGAACAUUUUGAUGGACCAUUACCUUACGAAUAUCACAUAUUUACGCAAUACAAAAAAAUGUAUUGUAAUAAUGGUAUGACUAUUUCAAUAAGCCCAUAUAAUUCAGAAAAUUGUUAUUGCCUUUUAAAAGAUAAUUCUAUAGUUCAAAUUAAUAAUAUAAUUACUCAUGACUAUUGCACUUUUCUUGUUUGUAAAUCUUUUUCUGUAUAUAAGUCAUUGUAUACUUAUCCAUUUCCAUCAAGUAAUUUAAAUAUUUUUGCAGUAAGUGGUUUGUCAUCAAUAGUGCAAGUAGUAAGAAUUACUGAUAUUUUGGCAAAGUGUAUGAUUUUGCCCUUAGAUGAUAAAACUUUGGCUUCAUUUCCACUACUUCACUAUACAUGA